AUGCUACCUCAUGGUUCAUAUCUGGUGAACCUGGCCCAAAAGGAUAAAGAAAAGGCAACGAAGGCCUACACAAGUUUCAUCGACGACUUGAAACGGGCUGAACUGCUUGACAUUGGUCUCUUCAACUUUCAUCCAGGCUCAUCACUUGGUGAACCCCGGGAUGAGGCAAUCGAACGAAUUGCGAAUGCCCUGAAUAGAGCCCAUAAAGAAACAAGUUUUGUCAAAACAGUUCUCGAAACUAUGGCGGGACAAGGAAAUGUAAUAGGUUGCAAGUUCGAGGACCUUCGCGACAUCAUCGCCCUUGUAGAGGAUAAAUCCCGAGUCGGCGUGUGUAUCGACACUUGCCACAGUUUCUCAGCCGGCUAUGAUCUCCGUUCUCCGGAGGCAUACGGUGCGGUCAUGAAAGAAUUCGAUGAGGUGAUCGGUUUCAAAUACCUGUCAGCUCUGCAUUUGAAUGACUCGAAAGCCCCCUUCAAUUCGCAUCGAGACUUGCACCAGAAUAUCGGUCUAGGUUUCCUUGGUCUAUCGGCGUUCAGGAACGUCAUGAACACGAAGGAAUUCCAUGAUCUGCCUAUGGUCUUAGAAACACCAUUGGCGGGCGACGACGUAAGCGUCUGGGCGAAAGAGAUCAAGCUUUUAGAAAGCUUGGUCGGGCUUGAAGCCGACGAUCCGACAUUCCUGGCGCUGGAAAAGGAGUAUGCGGAUAAAGGUGCUGCGGAGAGGAAGGUAGUCCUGGAUAAACUUGAGAAGAAAGAAGUGGAGAAGGAGGAGAAAGAGGCAAAGAAAAAGGAGAAGGUCGAGAAGAAGGCAGCAAAAGACAAGUUGAAAGACGAUAAGACAAAAAAGAAAACCCCGAAGAAGACGACAACGGCGGCGAAGAAGGGAGGCAAAGCGACCAAGGAUAUUUCAGAUUCUGACUCCAGUGAACUCAGUGAGCUCGAGACGGAAUCAGACAGCGAUGCAAGCAGUUGCGGAGGCAAACACUGA